GCGCAUGCGCAGUAGAAGGAGGUCCGCGAGCUGCGUGGGCUUGUGCCUAGGCACUUGUGGUUCGGCCCCUUGUGCUGGCACCGGGGCCGCCCACUUGGCGACUUUGGCACUCUUGGCGUUGGGUGGGCGGCAUCUUGGGGGUCACAUGAGCCAGUGGCAUCAUGCCCGUGGGCGCUGGGGUCAGCGUCGCGGCUUUUCCGGACGUUCGUUGGCCAGGAGGAAGGGCGGAAAGCACAUCCCGGAAGGGUGGAAAGACUAUCUCCCAGUUGAACAGCGGAUGCCUGGGACUCAUUUCAUUGCUUUCAAAGGUCCUUUAAAAAAGAGUUUUGAAAAGAAUCUUGCUCCAGAAGAACGUUUCUCCCCCUUGGGUCUCUUAACAAAAUCUAAGGACAGAAUGAAGAACUUGGGCUGAUUAUUGACUUAGCAAAUACUCGCUGCUCUUACAAGCCAGAGGUAAAUGGAAGGCGUAAUUGAAAAUGACCUUCUU